AUGGUGGUGAAGCGCAGAGUGGAGCGCACAUCCUCCUCCCCGCGCGUCCUAGUGGUGGCGUCGGUGGCGUCGUCCAAGACGGAGCGGGCGGUGCAGCGGCUCCCCUGUGACUCCGGCCAGUUCACAAGCGGCGGGGAGUGCUGCCUGGAGUGUCCACCUGGAGAGGGCGUGGUGAGGAGAUGUGGAGCCACUCAGACCGUGUGCGCCCAGUGUCUGGACAGUGAGACCUUCUCAGGAAACUACAGCCACACGGAGCAGUGCAGCCCGUGCACGGAAUGCACCGGUCUGAUGCGGCUGGAGACGCCCUGCACCGACUCCAACGACGCCAUCUGCGUCUGCAACUACAACUUCUUCUUCAACGCCAUAUCUGGACGCUGCGAGUCGUGCACGGUGUGCCCGAUGGGAAGAGGUGUGUACAGUCACUGCGAGCACGAUCACGACACGGUGUGCGAGGAGUGCGUCGACGAUACCUUCUCGGACCGGGAGAGCUCCCUGGAACCCUGCCUGCCCUGCGCCAUCUGUGAAGAGGAAACUGAGACACAGCUGGCUGAGUGCACGCCCACCCGUGACUCGGUCUGUCACAAUCCUAACGAACCCACAUAUAUGACUCCCACCUCCGACAUGGGGCCGUCUCUGCCGUCGUAUACCAAUUACUUCACCCCAGAUGGCUCGGACAGCCCGUUGCCCGGCGGAGAGACGACCACGUCAAGUGCCGGCUCGCCUCGCUUCCUCGGCCACGGCCUCAACGAAAACCUCAUCCCUAUCUACUGCUCCAUCCUGGCCGCGGUGGUGGUGGGCAUGGUGGCGUACAUUGUUUUUAAGAGGUGGAAUAGCUGCAAGCAGAACAAGCAGGCAGCGAAUAACCGUGCGGCCACGAGCAACCAGAUGGUGACGCCGGAAGGAGAGAAGCUGCACAGCGACAGCGGCAUCUCGGUGGACAGUCAGAGUCUGCAGGAGCAGCAGCAGCAGCAGCAGCAGCAGCAGCAGCAGCAGCAGCAGGCCCAGGCUGAAGUCCAGACUCAGCCCUCACUCUCACACACACAGGAACAGAUAGUGGUGAGGGUGGACGGUGGCCCCCAGCCCGACUCACCUCCCCUUGAAGUCUGAGGUUGGAAGAAGGGGAGAAAGCAGACGGCAUCGGAGCAGAAGGCAGGAAAGAGGAGAGCGGGGACCUGAACCCUGGACCCAAACCUGAGCAGGGAGCGAGGGCGGCCCACACUGCGGAGAAACUGACUCUGAUUCUCAUCUGAAGUGGCCACACGGCAAAGACUUGACUUGCAUGGACCUCCCAGCGGCUUUGGACCUCAGUCCGACUCUUCAUCCCUGCAUAUAGAGUCCGACUCUAUUUAUCAGUGUGCCUGGACACAACCUCUACAGCAAUAUCAGUCACUAUCUCUACCAACGUCCCUGCAGAGACUUUAUCGAAGAUAUGCCCGUGCAACCUGCUAUCAACUGAAUACCCCAGUAUCUAAUGUUGACAUUUAACAUUUCUCUCUAACUGCCAGUUAAGCUUUCCAUCUUUCCUGCAAUGAAACAUAUGUGCCUGAAAAGUAAAUAGGCUCUCCUCUUUCUUUUCAGCCUUUAUUCUCCUCACACAUAUUCCUCUGUGGCUCCCCCACUCUCAGAUAACCCUCCCUCCAUAGGGUUCGCUCUAUUAAGCCCCCGCCGUCAUUCAGCAGCCAGCGAGGGAGCUGUGACUCACCCCCACCUUCCUCUGAAGUUUCCUGAUCUUCUAUCAUUUAACCACCGACAUGCUUCUUGACGAUUUGUCCUGUAAAGUGUUUGCCUCAUUGUUGAGCUCACUCCAAGCUAAUGAAUUUUGGACUGGAAAGAAAUGUGCAUACAGGAAUCCCAUCUUUCAUAAUUUACAUUCACUAAGUGAAAAAUUAGGACACCCCUCAGAGGAUCACUCUGGUUUCACCCUCCCCGCCAGCCACAGCUCCACAUUCUCGUCCUUGCAGUUUUGCGCACAGCUCCGUCUGCACUAUCGAGCCCGAUGCACAGUGUUAAGGUGCUAAUGCAUCGUCACCGGCUCUCACGUCCACACAGGGCCCAUUAGAGAGACUUCCUGACAGGCAGGUAGUAAUUACCUCAGGGCUUUAGCUUCAUUUAGCUUCUGCUCCACUCGGCUCAGCCACUUCUCAUCUGGAUUAAUGCUGCGGACAACAGAGGGGGUGAUGCUAACCCCCUUUGAAGCCUUGACACAACAUUACAGCUCCCUCAUUCAAGUCCGAGACCACUGACAUUUACUACAUCGCCAUGGUGAAAUCAAAGCACUUAGUCCAGGCUUACUUCUAAGGCCCGGUGACACCUUUCAUCACACAGGUCCUCUUUCCUGCUCCCCCCCAUCUGCUGCUUGCAGUAACUGUAAAAGCAGUAUACACAGAUACAUAGAAAAUGAAGUAAACUGUAGCCGAGGUCGACUGCAAUGCUUUGGCAUUCAUUCCUAUGUAGGCACUUACCUUCUCAGGGUCCCUCGUAUUGUGGUAUGAGUAAAGGAACUGACAGGAGAUCCUCAGAGGGUCUGUAGAUGAUUCUGUAGCGGUACGAUAGAUAAAGCUUAAAGCUCGAGCUAGGUUAAGAAUAGAAGUAAGUAGAAAGAUAGAAAGACAAGACGGAAAUGCAUGUAAUUCCACCAUGAUUCAGAUAAAUAAAGGAACAGCUUGACAGUGUAGGUGACAGGCUCAUUUGCUUUCUGGAGGAGUUGAAUGAGAAGAGUGAGACCACAGCCACCUUAGCAUUAGCGUAGCAGGACAGAGAAUGAGGGGAAAAGGUCCCCUGGCUCUGUCGACAGCGGCCAACCUGCACCUUGGAAGCUGAUAAAUGAACAUUAAACAGUAUCUCAUAAUUUGUUGAAAAACAGAAGUGUUAAACCCUAUUCUCCAAGAAAGCUAAUUGAUUAGAGAUGUAAGGUGUGUGUACAUUUAAGUGAGCCAUAGAUUGAUAAGAAACAUCAUUCAAACAGCGGACGACAAAGAGGGUGAGUCACAAUUUCCUGUACGGAUCGGUCACAUGGUCAUCCACACCUCAAGACAUCGGUCUUGUCUCUUCCCACGUCAUCCAUCCUGUAUCGCUGCAGCAGCCACAUGAAUGGAAACAAAUAUAACUGCUGCUCACAGUUCAGAGGCGUUUGGUGCCGACAUGUGACCACACACACAGACACACACAGACACACACACACACACACACACGACUACAGUGGAUGAUUCACUCCUCUACUGAGAGAGCCGGUGUGAUUCAUCGGAUCCUCGCUGUGGCAGUGACAUUAAAGCAGACACUGCUACAGUAUGAGUGACCAGAUUGUUGAUUUAAAUAAGAAAUAAACUGUGUCUACUCAGACCCCUCCUGCCCCUGAGGCCCAAUCAGUCCUCCAGUAGCACACACACACCCGCACACAAUACACAAAUGUACAACUAGAAUAUAAACUGAAAAAUAUGCAAGACACAUUCAAGGAUAAGGCUUUGAUACGUUUGCCCUCAUUCUUUGCCAUUGUUAAUUGUUUUUGUCUUUACAUGUUUCCUAUUUGUUUUUAUUAUGAAUAGUAUUACACUUUUGAAAUCAGUAUAUUUUCUAACUGAAAUGUUAAUUUGUAGCACUUAUUAGAUGUUAUAUGAAUGCACUCAAAGAGUGUACCACAGUUCAAGUGCCUGUGUACAGUGUUGGCUCUUUACAUUUUGAAGUUUGAUGAUUUUUUUUUUGUCAUUUCCUUUCCAGUUAUUUUAUGCUCUUGCUCUAUGUGCAUUUGUUUGAUAGUUUGAGAGCUAAUGAAGGUUUUUACUAAACGGAAGUCAAAGCAGUAGAUGAACCUUGGAGACGCAAAGAAAACUGUAUAAACCUGGGAACAAUGUGGAGACCUACAGUACAAAUAUGUGUAUUCAUACUGUCCUUUAACAUGUUAUAAAUACUGGCAACUGUAAGGGUCAUGUAGCAUUAUGAAAACAUACAUGUUACCUUAGACGUCUACUCUCAAAGUCUCACAUGCUGUCAGUCAAUAGGAAUGCGCUCUACUGUGCAGAUCUUUUGCGUGUACAGUCGGUUUCAUCAUGUUUCUCCAUUCCAGAGGCGACAGGACGUGUAAUUUGCAGAAACAUGAAACCCACGUCGAGGUUCACUGUGGUUCUCUCUGAUUUUAUCACUGCUAACUCCGCACAGUUGGAUCAGUACCUGCUACCGGGGGAAAAAACGAAAACAAAAAAACAAAACUGAAUGUCAGUCCUACUUACCUACUAAUGUUAAAUGCAUUGUGUAAAUGUGAAUUUCUUAGGGUUGAUACCAGAUACAGAAAUCUACUAUAAAAUGUACAAAAACAAAAAUGUGUGCAAAUUCAGUGAGCAUCUAUUAUACAAUAAACAGAGAUG